UCGUUGCUUAAGUUUUUGUAUCUGUAUCGUGUCAAUAAAAAAAUAAAAAAAAAAAAAGAAAAGAAAAGAAAAGAAACAAAGAAAAAAGAAUCAACGUGAGCUUAUGGAUGAGUAUACUUUCGAGUGUUAAUGUCGACGAAAAAAAUUUGCUGAUAAAGUGAUAAAAUUAUAAGAAAAACGUAAGAUGACGUUAUUAAUUAAUAGUUAUAUAUUAGCGAUGAAUGAAAGUCGAGAUAUAAAGUAGGUGUAAACUAAAGCGUAUCGCGUACACCGACAUUGUGUGUUCCAUAAAAUCACCUAUUUUCGAGCUUAACUAUAUCGAGAAAAAAUAUUUUUAUUUUGGAGCAACUCGGAGCAUUAGUGAUUCAUUCGUGGAAUUUUUAGCUUUCUCUGCACACGUCAAAGAAUAAUAGAUUUUGAUGAAUGUCUGAGAGUGAUUACGAUUCGGUAGACGAGUAUACAAGCCUGAUGGACGGUCACGUUGCAGAGUCUCGUUCAGAUGACCUAAGUUUGGUCAAUGAACGACGAAAGAGACGAUCAAGAGUAGGAAACGAAGAGUUAGGAAAUGGACUUCCUGAGGUACAGGUAGAGGUUGGAGGUACAUCGAAUGUAAGUGGUUCAAGUAGAAGAAGUACAUCAGGUUCUGCUAAUCAACAGAGACAAAGACAUUACAGAGAUGAAGAAGAAGAGGAAUUAAAAUAUGGAGCUGCACAUGUCAUUAAACUGUUUGUACCUGUUUCCCUUUGUAUGCUAGUUGUAGUGGCUACAAUCAGUUCUGUGAAUUUCUAUACGACUAAGGGGAUGUAUCUAGUUUAUACUCCAUUUCAUGAAGAUAGCUCCGAUACAAGUACAAAAGCAUGGCAGGCAUUUGCCAAUUCCUUAAUACUCAUGAGCAUCAUAGUAUGCAUGACCGUUAUACUUAUUAUCUUGUAUAAAUAUAAAUUUUACAAAGCUAUACACGUAUGGUUAAUUAUAAGUUCAUUAUUAUUGCUAUCAAUGUUUUCCGUACUUUAUUGCGAGCAAGUUUUAAAAGCAUAUAACAUUCCAAUGGAUCUAUUUACAUUAGGAAUAGGUUUAUGGAAUUUUGGAAUGGUUGGAAUGAUAUGCAUUCAUUGGCAAGGACCUUUACAACUUCAACAAGCUUAUUUAAUUUUCAUUUCUGCUUUGAUGGCUCUUGUUUUUAUUAAAUAUUUACCCGAAUGGACAGUAUGGGCAGUUUUAGCUGUAAUAAGUAUUUGGGAUUUGAUAGCUGUUUUAUCACCGAAAGGACCAUUAAGAAUUUUAGUUGAAACGGCACAAGAAAGAAACGAAUCCAUUUUUCCAGCUCUCAUAUACUCAUCAACGAUUUUGUAUACGUUUGUACACACCGUAACUUAUGCCGGAUAUGUACAAGCAGCGACAAUGGCCAGUGGUGAUGCUACGGGUAGAGAAACUACAGCUGUAUCAUUCACUCGCACAGGAACGGAUAAUCAAAAUAAUCCUGCAUCAGGAGAUGCAGAAGAAGGUGGUUUCACACUCGAAUGGAUAGAAACGCAUGGGGAUCGUAGCGCGAGACGUGCUCAAGAAGUGCUUGAAAAUUCGGUAGCAUUAACAGAUGAUUCUAGACAACGUCAAAAUCGUCCUACGGAAUCACAAUCCCAACAACAAGUCCCAGUUACUGAGGAGGAACGCGGUGUCAAAUUGGGCCUUGGUGAUUUCAUAUUUUAUAGCGUACUUGUUGGAAAAGCAUCAAGUUAUGGCGAUUGGAAUACAACUUUAGCAUGCUUUGUUGCCAUACUCAUAGGACUCUGCUUGACACUGCUGCUUUUGGCGAUAUUCAAGAAAGCAUUACCUGCAUUACCAAUCUCCAUUUCUUUUGGUUUAACAUUCUAUUUUGCUACAAGAGUUAUAGUAGCACCAUUCGCAGAUAGUUUAGCGAGCGAGCAAGUCUUCAUUUAAUUUUAUUUCCGAUAAGUAUGACUCUUUUUUUUAUUUUAUUCUAAUUUAUUAUAUAAAGAAUAGUGUCUAUGUCUAUCAUCUUUUUCUUUCUUUUUUUUUUUUUUUUUUAAUUUUUUUUUUCUUCUUUCCCUCCACCCUUUUUUCUUCCCCAUUAUGUUUUUAUAAUUAUUUCUUAUAUUCCGGUCUUGUUAUUUUUCAUAUUUCUUCAGAAUAAUGUACGUGUAAAUUCUCAAAAUUGUACAAAGAUGAAGAUAUACAUACAUUUGUACAUCACACACACACACACACACACACAGAACACACACAUACACAUACAUAUAUAUAAAAGAGAAAAAAGGAUGUGAAAAAAUACAAAAGAGUAAUAGAAAAAGUAAUAAUAAAAAAGAAUCACGUAUUUUUAAAUAGUUGUGAAUUUGUUAUGGAAAAUAUAUCAUGUCUAUUCCACAUAAAGAAAGAGAGAAAGAUCAAUUAGGUAUUUAAUGAUACAAAAUGGGAAAAAAAAAAAAAAAAAAAAAAGAAGAAGAGGAAGAGAAAAGCAAUAGGCUCUUUUGUAGAUAUUUUAUAUACAAUUAAUUUAAGUUUAACUACUUAUUAUAUGUACAAUGUUUAAUAUAAUAUUUUGGUCGUUUCAAUGAUGUUUACAUUAACAUAUUUUUCAAAUCGUUAGAGCAAGCUAUAUGACAAUUUAUUGUACUUUUUUUCUUUCUUAAACUUAGCGCGGAUCACGAGGAUCAGGUAUAAAAAAAGUAAACGCGAUAAAUAUAUGUGUGUCGUGAUAAAGUCGUAUUAAACUUUUGAGGUAUAAUUGUUCAUUCCAAUAUAAGUUGAUCUAAUUUUAUCAACCAAUUUUCUUUGAAAGUUAUAACGGGGUUUGAAAUUCAUUUCACAUACACUGCCAUGAAACAAUUAUGCAUCAGAGAUAAUAACUAUAUAUAUAUAUAGUUAAUUAAAAAAAAAAUAUAUAUAUAUAUAUAUUAAAGUAUGAUAAUUUUAAGGAAUAUGUGUUUCUUCUUUUUUUUUUUUUUGCCUUUUCUUUUUUCUUUCCCCUUUUCUUUUCUUUCCUGUCUUUCUUUAUCAUUUUUUUUUCUUUUUUUUAAAUGCAUCAUUUUCAUAUCGCACGAAAUGUAAAGGAUUAAUAAAUUAAAAAAAAAAAAAGAAAAAAAAAAAAAUCAAAUGUGAGAUCCUUAUAGCCAUAUGAAAAAGCUACGAGUAUUAUAUUACAAAAGCUGAAUAUUAUUAUUCUGUGGCAUUGUUGUUUUUACCCCUAAGUACGUUCGAUUUCUUUUUAUAUUUUUCGUAUGCUUAUAUUAUUUAUCUCUCUUGCAAAAAAAAAAGCAGACGAUUAUUUUAUUUUUUUUAUUAUUUUCUUUUUUUCUUUUUUUUAUUUUUUUUUUUUUUUUUUUUUUUGGUGCAGGUUAAUAGAAAUGUCAGGUCCAUUGACAAGCAUUAUGCAACGAUUAUUUUUUGUUCAGCCUUAAUUCGCAUUAAUUCAUCACAAACUCCCUUUUUUUUUUUCGUGAAACAUAAUAUAUACAUAUAUACUCUUUUAUUUUAUUUUAUUUUAUUUUUUUUUUUUUUUGCUAUAAUCUAAGUGAUCUUGACGGAAGAACUCGAACAGAGCGAUAUGAUAACCUUGCACUUCGAACACAAUGAUAAUGAAAUAAUUUAAAGAUAUUAAAAGAUCUGCGCAAAGGAGAGGGAAAUUAUUGAAAGUGAUACAACGAUAUGAUAAUAAUUUUGAAUUCUGAAAAAAAAAAAAAGAAAAGAAAUGUUAAUAAUAAAAUAACUUAACAAUAUUAGAUCUGCGCAAAGGGAAAAUAUUAUAUUUCUACAAUUCUCAGUCAAUAAUUAUCAGUCGUGAUUGAGUAAAGGAAAAAAAAAAAAAGAAAAAAAAAAGAAAAAAGAAACAGAUAGAGAAAGUGUAUAAAUUGAAUUUUUUAAUAUAACUAAAUUAAUAAAAUAAAAUGAGAUUCAUGCAAAAGGAGAAGCGUUUUCAAUUAUAUCCUUGAAUAUCAUCCGAUGAGAACAACAGAGUUUUAGUAAUAAGUAAUUAUAAAUAAUAAUAUAAAUAUAUCUAUUCUAAUAAUGCAUUGUACGUAUUUACUGUAAAAUAUCUCUUUUUUUUUUUUUUUUUUUUUUAUGCCAUACUGAAACACCGUUUAAUUUUUUUACUUUUUUGUCUCUCCUCUCUCUCUCUCUCUCUCUCUCUCUCUCUCUCUCUCUCUCUCUCUCAUUUUUUUUCCAAACGAUAGCAGAGAGCAUUGAUCUAAAUAACAAUCACACGCAUUAAUAUUUGCAUCCCCGCAAUCACAUUGAUAUAUCGUAAACGAUAUAUAGGGUGGCCAAAAGUUCUUAGAUAAUUUUAUAAAUCAAUCUUUCACUAGACUUGCACAUUAUUAUCAUUAUUAUUAUUACUAUUAUUAUUACUAUUAUUAUUAAUACUAUUAUUAUAAGAAAAUUAGAAACUCGAAAGUUUAUUGCGGCAAAUAUCAAAUCCCACCAAUAUUCCUCCGUUCCUGGACAAAAUCUCAAUUUUCAAUUUCUCUUUUUUUUUUUUUUUUUUUUUUUUUUUUUGAAAAUCAAAAUUAUAAUUGAAUCUUUCCUAAUUGUUUCUUUGGAAUUCUUCUUUAUUCCAAAUCAAGUUAAUUGAUUUAUUAAUUUCUUCUAUUGAUCUAUUCCCAUCACUUCUUCUCAUCCAUUUAAUUAAUUCUGUUGGAAUCGAGUCAAUACACCCGGUCCUUCGUGAUUCUUUAAUCUUUCAAUUGCGCUUUUUUAUUUUUGAAAUCGUCGAUUCGUUAAUCAUAAAUUCAAUCGUUCGAAAUACAGGACUCUCUAUAUCCUGAUCGUUCUCAAAUGCAAUAUUCUUCUCGAGACUAUUUAGGUUUGUAAUUAGGCUUGCGGUUUUGUCAAUUUGCAAAAUUAAAAAAAAAAAAAAUAAUAAUAAUAAUUAUUAUUAUUAUUAUUAUUAUUAUUAUUAUUGUUAUUGUUAUUACCCUCUUGAAAAAGAGUAAUUGAUCGUUAAAAAUCGUUUAAGAACUUUUGUCCAAUCCAAUCCAAUAAACUGUUCAUAAGCGUCAUCCACUUCUCUCGCUGCCAUCUUUUAUUUAUUUCGGUCUCGUUGCAUUAAAUAUGUAGAGUUCAGAGAAAAAUAUUUCCUUCGAUAUAUUCGAAAUAUCCUCGUCCGUGUCUCGCGAUGAGAUAAAUCGUUAUAAAAAAUACAAGAAAAAUUAUAUAAGAGAUAAACAACGCACGUUUUGCGUGUUUCCCUACAAACUUUUUAACUAGUUCCGUAUUUGCUGCUUUCGAAUGUACCUCGUCUGAAAAAGUAACUAAAUUCCAAUAAGGAUUGCUUGUCUAUAUUACUUAGAUUGCCAUUAUAUUUAUAUAAUGGUCUGCACUGAGGCAAUUUCGAACAGACUUGAAUUAAUCGUCUAAGAUAUUCCUCGAGUUGUUUUCUACGUUGCCGUGCGACCACUUCGUUUCUCGGAAAGAAAAGUCGAGGAGGAAAACAUAUUCCUGCUACCUGCAAAUAUAAACAAAAAAAAAAAAAAAAAAAAAAAAAAAAAAAACAAAAAAAGAGUUUCAUAUACAUAGGUUUUAUAGAUCGUUAAAUAUCUUAUUUAUUUAUGUUAUUAUCGAAAAAGAGAAAAUGACUGAGAGAAUUUAAUGUGUUAUUAUUUGACCGAUGAUUAAAAAAAAAAAAACAAAACAAAAAAAAAAAAAA